GAAAAUUUUCGGCGAUAACGGUAACCGCCAACCGUUUGAAAAGCCACUCUCAAUCCACAACAGACAGCAGCGACUCAAAGAGUCCACCAGCCAGCCAGCCACCUCAACUACAGCAUCCAUCACCCACGCAGCGAGAGCAGCCCAGGAUGAGUGGACGCCGUCGCUCGCAGCGACUGGCUGUGGGAAGCCAGCAAACUGCUACAACGCAAAGCACGUCAACCCCGAAAGUGCGGGGCGGUGGAGCCGGCAAGCGGGCCGCGCAGAGCGUCCAGGGCAAGGACGUCAGUGAUGAGUACAUGCACGAUGUGCUUCUGCCAUCGCCAUCCGUGUCGAUGAUCGCCCCAGCAGACACGCCGGCAACCCGUCGAUCAGCGCGUGCAAGCACACGAAAUGCGUCUCUGGCAACAGCAUCCGUGCUGCGCAGCCGGAACAGCGCACAAACGAAGCCAGGCAGUGCGGCGCCAGCAGCCAGUGGAGCCGCGUCCAAGCGCAAAACGUCGUCCGCCAAGCAGCAUGGACAGCAGAAACGCAAGCAGACCCAGAACCCCAAGGGCCGCAAAGCACAGGCGGCACGUGCAAACGAGCACCUGCAGGAUGAGGGCGAGGAAGACGACGUUCUCAACAUGACCGACGACUUGCUCAGCGAAUCUCCAGCUCCGAGAAGCCGCCAAGCGCGCCGGGCCAACAACCGCAGCGGCGGCAACACCAACAGCAACAAGACGCGGAGCAAGGCAAGCGAGGCAGCUGCUGCAAGCAAGCAAACCCCUGUGUCAUCUUCUACUGCUGGCGAUGGUGCAGGUGAUGAGGAGGGUGCUGAGGAUGAUGACGAUAUCCUGUGCGCAUCGCCGGUGAAGCAGCAGCCAGCGAGACAGACACGUCAAGCGAACAAAACUGCUGCCACAGCUACAAUUGCAGACGCGCCAUCAGCUGGGGUAGCAAAGGGCAGCAGUGUGUCAACCAAGAAGGGCAGCAAGAAGGCCGCCACCAUUGCCGAGAAGAGCGCGCAGCAGAGAGGAAAGAAGAAGGGGGAGGAGAAGCAGAAGCAAGAAAACAAGCAGGCAGCUGAGACCAAGAGCAGCAAGGAUGUGAGCAUCCCUGAAUCCACAGCAGAAGCAACAACAAGUGUGGCUGUCAAUCCAGCAACGGGUAACGUCUUGAAGACGAGCACCAUGGCCGCUGAACCAACCGUUGGUGUCGAUACCACGACAACCACGGAUGAUGAGGCAGGUGACCGCAGCAGGGCGAAGAAAGCUGGCGCACGUGCCUCCGUGACCGUCAACAAGCAGGAUGCGCGCAAGGCAAAGGCGGCACUGAAGAAACACAAGGAGCAGUUGCAGGCCGCGGUGGCAUCGGCACCAGCGCUCAUCGCACUCCACACACAGCAUACUGACCGGAGCGACCCGUUUGACAUGUGCGAUGCACUCACGUCGAUGCCACGCGCGCAGCAGGGCCGCCUCUGGUCCGCCCUCCGCACAACACUCUGGCCGCUGUUUGACCGGUAUGUGGACGGUGAUCUGAUUGCGCAGAAGAAGACAGAGGACCUUGAGCAGGGUGCUGCUGAUGCGCUGCGUGUGUUUGCAGCGACGGCUGUGCUCCUCACAGCCGCUGUCGCUGAAGACAAACCGCACACCACAGACGACACCUUGCAGUGCGCACGCAUCCUCCAUGAGUCGCUCUUCAGUCUUCCCACGGGGAGCGACAGCCUGCGUGACCAGAUUGUGAAGGUCUGUGAAGCAUGGUGGUUCGCCGACCUCCCUGGCCGGGACCUUCUUGUGCCACUGACAGUCUCGCAGCUGCUGGUGCGGGCGCUGGUUGUCGAUGCGAAAUCGGCCGCAGUCAAGCGCGUUUUUGCCAUCCGCGACGCAUUUGAACUCAUUGAUCUCAGUGGAGACUCCAGCGAAUCGCUCCGGGGCCUGCUGCUGCAAGCAUUUGUCAAUCCAAACUUUGUGACGCUCCUGGAAGGACAGCGGUUUCUCAGUUUCAUCUUUGGACUCAACACAGAGUUCAUUGGUGCCAUCUGGGCUGCGGUGAAGGACACGCUGCCGCACUGCUCGUCGCGUCUGCUCGACGGCUACGGGCAGAUUCUUUACCGCGCGUGGCGCAACUCCGCCGCCGCCGCACACGCACGCAUCGAGCGCGACUGCAUCCAGGACUUGAUGGUGUGUGCAGUGCACGCCCGGCGCCAGGCCGCGCUGCCACGCAGGAGCGCAUUCCACGUGGCGUUUGCGCUGCUUGAUGUGUUUCACACCAACAAGAAGGAGCGUGGGGUGGACGAGAUGCUGACGCGGCUGUACGACCCAAUCAUUUGGCGGUCGACACAGGUUGCCAACGCGAUUGUUCGCGCAAACGCGGCCUCGCUCCUCUUUGCCGCAUUUCCCCUGCAGGACCCGCAGGCGCUGCGACAGGAGCGCGAGGAGCUGCUGCAGAAGCAGUUUGAGGUGUGCGGCCGGUUCCUGGAGGACAGCAGUCCUCUCGUCCGCCGCAUCGGUGUGGAGGGCGUUUGUCGCAUCCUGUCGACGUAUUGGGAGCUCAUUCCGGCCCAGACCACCUCCACCCUCCUCGGGAAACUGAUCAAGGACCUUGCACGAGACAAAGCGUCGCCGGAUGUCCGCGUGUCCGUCUUCAAAGGCCUUUCGUUCAUCCUCGACAACCCGCUCUCACGCAUGACGAUGAAAGGGCUGCUGCCGCACGUGUCUGCGAGUCUGCACGACACCUCCCGCCGCGUCCGCGCUGCCUUCCUUGACAUGCUCAUUGCUAUCAGGCCCAUUAAGAACAUCAGGUUCUUUGACGUCGUGUCUGUGGAUCACCUUCUGGCGCGCCUUGAGCUUGAGGACGCGACCAACGCGACCAAGAUUGUGCAGCUGCUGGCGUCGUCGUUCUUCCCGCUCGGCGCUGCUGGCGAUGAGGAGCGCAUCACACGGUGCAUUGAGCUGCAGCGGAAUUAUCCGCUGGCGUGCCGCCACUUCUUCAUGCUGCUCCUCCACACGGAUGUCGCCGUCACAGAUGCUGCACGCUUCAUUGUUAUCCUCGCAAACUACAUUGUGCACGCCGACAGCGGCGCUGACGAAGAAAAUGCAGAUGUUCUGCUGGACACAUUUGAGCAAGACGGCGAUGCUGAACGCGUCUCUGAUGAUGAGAAGCGACAGCUGGUCGAAGUUGUCGCCAUUCUCCUCAAGGCCAUCGACGAACACAGAAGCAGACACAAGAGCAUCCUGCGCAAGUUGGGCAAGGCGCUUGUCCCCUUUGUUGAGCACUUGCACGAGGUGUACGAGGGCGAUGCUGUCAUGCACGAUCUGGCGCUGCUCAUCGCCGCAACCGCGCCGGCGCCGCCGAAGCGAUCGGAAGUGCUGGCACGGGCAGAGGAGAUGGCGUCAUUGCCAGAGCAAUUUCUCCCGUCGCAGGCGGCGCACUACGUGGACUGGCUCUGCGCAUGCGAUCAGCUUCCGGCUGUGAUUCACAUGUGCGAGCACUGGCUGACGAACGCACUGGGUGUCAAGCACAAACCGAAGUUUGUGGCAGGGCCAAAGUCCAAGGGAAGAAAAGGCACCAAGGCGCCUGUCCUGUCUGCUCGCGAUCUGAAUGCGUUUGAGAAACACAGCAACAAGGCAGCGUUGGCCGUUUUUGCGUUUCGCCAUAUUUUGGAGAAGUAUGCCGCUCGCUUUGCGUCUGUCUCCGAUGCGUUUUCGAGCGUGCGCAAACUCCUUUACACAGCCGUCGCACAGGCAUCAGCAAGCGUUGGAAGCGUGGAUGCACACGUGCUUGCCGAUGCACUCUCGCUGGCGCUUGAGGUUGAGAUUCUCGCAGCGCAGUUGCCAAGCAAUGCGUCGUGUGCAGAUGACAAUGGCGAUGAUGGCGUGAACACAGCGGCCAUGUGGUCCAUGCUCACACAGCAGUUGAGAUUUGUCACCGAAUCUCUCCUCCCACUCUACGCUGACAGCUCUGCGCAGGCGAAGAAGAAACGGCACAAGUCGACCAUUUCCAGGGAUGACUGCGAGCUCAUCACCCAAACGGUGCUUCGCGGUGCGGUUGUGUGUGUGCGCGUGGAGCCGCCAGCACCCGAUGUUGCGCAGCUGUUGGCCAAAACGCUCUCGGCCGUCGUCACAGCAGGGAUUGGCGCUGCGUUGAGCGAUGUUGUUGGACAGCUCGUCGCCCAUUUUGCAACGGCCGCUGGGAAAUUGGAGGCACAUGCUCAAGAUGCGUCGCACCUUGCCCGCGUGGAGGCGAUGUUUGAUUCGCUGUUUGCGCUCGGUCCCGGCCACGAAUCCCUUGUCGCAGACACCUUUCUCUUCGUAUUCAAGGCGCUGCGUGGCAAGUUUGAGGGCGUGAUUGGCGCAAUGGCCCGGCGUGCAUGCACGACAAUGCUGCAGCACAAGAAACAGUCGAGUGAUAUUGACGCUUCACCCACUCCGCCAGCGCAGCAAACACUCAAGAUUGUGAAGAAGAACGGCGCGCUGGUUCGUCAGUUUGCGUCGCAGCUGCCACCACCAGAUGCAGAUGAUGACACGGCAUUUGUUUCGCUUCAGCUCCUGAACCAGCUCGUCGAUGGUGUGAGCGAUUUGCGUUCGCGGGAUCAGCACAUGACGGCGGCAAUGCUGCAAUCGCACAUCCACCGCACAUUCACACCACCUGCGCAAGAGAAAGAGGCGGAAGAGGACGAGGGCGAAACGAAGAAAUGGGGCGAGCGCGUGCUUGAUGGUGCUGCUGCUGUGUUGAAGCGCUUGGAUGAAAUGCAGUCCCAAGUGCUGACCAGUGCGUGACCGUGCUGCGUGACCCGUGAUGUGGUGGCGGCGACGUUUGCUUGUUGUUGUAUGCGUUGAUCACAUUGUCUUGUUGAAGCCCUUCUCCGCGUUCACGACUGUGUUCUUUACCAACCAGAAAAGCCUUGGUGCGAUUUCCCUCGUUGUGUGUGUGUGUGUGUGUGUGUGUGUGUG